CGCAGCAGCGCCUCGCUUCUCCUCCUCAGCUCCCUCCCUCUCCCAUACUCUCCACAAAAUUCCGCUCCCUCCUCGUCUCCUCCCGCGCCGACGCGACGACGUGAGGUGGGGGAGGGCUCCGACUCCGGGGGCGCAAUGGCGACCGCGGGGGUGGCGGUGACCAACGGCUCCGGCGGCGCCGACACGACGGCCGCGUUCAAGGAGAUAUACAGCAAGCUCAAGGUGGAGAUGCUCGAGGACCCUGCCUUCGAGUUCACCGACGAGUCGCUCCAGUGGAUCGACCGCAUGGUGGAUUACAAUGUGCUCGGAGGAAAGUGUAACCGCGGGAUCUCAGUCAUUGAUAGCUACAAGAUAUUGAAGGGUGCUGAUGUUCUGAGCAAGGAGGAGACAUUUCUUGCAUGCACCCUUGGUUGGUGUAUUGAAUGGCUUCAAGCUUAUUUUCUGGUGCUUGAUGAUAUCAUGGACAACUCCCAGACACGACGUGGGCAGCCUUGCUGGUUUAGGGUGCCUCAGGUUGGCCUCAUUGCUGUAAAUGAUGGGAUUAUCCUUCGCAAUCAUAUUUCACGGAUCCUUCAACGCCACUUCAAAGGAAAGCCAUAUUAUGUUGAUCUCAUUGAUUUGUUCAAUGAGGUUGAGUUCAAGACUGCUUCAGGGCAGUUGUUGGAUCUUAUCACUACUCAUGAGGGUGAAAAGGAUCUAAGUAAAUAUAACUUGACGAUUCACCGACGCAUCGUUCAAUACAAGACAGCCUACUAUUCAUUUUAUCUCCCUGUUGCAUGUGCACUUCUGCUAGCUGGUGAGAACUUGGAUAACUUUGGUGAUGUAAAGACCAUUCUUGUUGAAAUGGGAACAUAUUUUCAAGUCCAGGAUGAUUAUCUAGAUUGUUAUGGUGAUCCUGAAUUCAUUGGCAAGAUCGGAACUGAUAUUGAAGACUACAAGUGUUCUUGGUUAGUUGUGCAAGCUCUUGACCGUGCUGAUGAGGACCAAAAGAGAAUCCUAUUUGAAAAUUAUGGGAAGUCUGAUCCAGCAUGUGUUGCAAAGGUGAAAGACUUGUACAAAGAGCUUAAUCUGGAGGAGGUUUUCCAUGAAUACGAGAGGGAGAGCUACACCAAGCUGAUCGCCGACAUCGAGGCCCAGCCGAACAAGGCGGUUCAGACGGUGCUGAAGUCCUUCCUGCACAAGAUCUACAAGAGGGACAAGUAGAUCUCAGCUGCGCGUGUGGAGAAGCUGCUCCACCUAUGCUCGCGUCGUUUUCUACUUACUAUGCUUUCUGUGUUUCGUUUUCACGUUGUACCGUACUCCUACAUAUAUAUAUAUAUACAUAUAUAUAUAUAUAAUAAAGCACAGUGCUAUUUAGGUUGUGUAGUGUAGCAUGUUAACCACUACCAGCCUGUGUCGCUAGCAUAUUCCAUGUCCCUAUUGUGUUCAUCAUGUCUUUUCCAUUCCAAUAAUUUAGGAAAGGGGCAUCCCUCCAGAAGUA